UCCAGACAAAUCAGAUUCCUGUUCAAAAAAGACAAAUCAGAUUCGAUCUCCAUCUAUCCCUCACUUUGACCGAAAAAAUUUCAGAGCUUCGAUCAAGGCCAAGUACUUCGUCUGGAUCGCCGUUGAAGCUGGAAUCGUCUUUGCGAAACCAUCGAGAAGGGUUCCCGACGCGUCUCGAAGAACUCCCGAGAUGAUGGCCCCUACCGUUGCUCCUUCCAUAAACGCUCCGUCGAUGUUGAUUUUUAAAGGAUUCGACCAAAUUGAGCUCGUCCAUGGACAAAGCGAGAAUGGAUGUCCCACUGAUUCUGCUUCUUGAUCACAGAUUGGACAUGCUGGCCGAGGGCCAACGAAGGAUCACAUUCCUUCUUUAGGCGCAACCUAGCCCACACACGCGGCGAGAGAAAGAUGCACUAAGCAGAGCAAACUAAUGCUAUGGCGAGCUCAGACGAACGAACGUCGUUAGGAAGCAACUACCAAGUGUUUCUAAGCUUUAGAGGACCUGAUACUCGUGUUGGAUUCACCGACGUCUUAUUUCAUAGCUUGAACGACACUGGAAUAUGUGUCUUCCGAGACGAUGAAGAGGUUCGUGUUGGUGAAAGGAUCGAUGGAUCGCUUCAGCGAGCGAUCGACAACUCCAGGAUCUACAUACCCGUCUUCUCUCGGACCUACGCUUCGAGCCAAUGGUGCCUCCGCGAGCUCGUGCAGAUCCUGGCAAACACUUCCAAAUCGGAAGGUAAAAAGGAGAUCCUACCUAUUUUCUACGAUGUGCAACCCGACGAUGUUAAGUUGAAAACUCCGUUGUAUCAUGAUGCCAUACUGAAUUUGGAGCGCGAGAAGAAGUUGAGCACUGAGCAAGUAGAUGUGUGGAGAAAGGCUCUCAUGGAGGUUGAUGCGAUAAAGGGGUGGGAAGUGAAGAAGUACAAAGGCUAUGUCGAUGUGAUUAAAUUGGUAGUUGAGGAGGUCUUGAAAAAGCUGAAGAUAAAACAUAGAUCCGUGACUGAAAAUUUAGUUGGAAUUGGUGAUCGAGUGGUUGCGGUAAAUGAAUUGUUAGACAUUGAUUCUGGCGGUGUGCGGCUCAUUGGAAUUUAUGGCAUGGGAGGUAUCGGUAAAAACGACUCUUGCCAAGGAGCAAGGAGCAUUGAUGAAAUUGAUUAUGGAACACAGAGGACUGAAGAAGCACUUGACAAUAAGAAAGUCCUCAUUGUACUUGAUGAUGUUGCCAACAGCAAACAAGUGGAGGAAUUAGUUGGAAGGAGUAGUUUGUACCAAGGAUCUCGAAUAUUGAUUACAACUAGAAAUAAAGAUGUUUUUCGAAUCAGUAGACCAAAAUAUCAGAUCUUAGAAUAUGAAAUGGAGGUGAUGAGUAGUGAUCAUGCGCUUGAGCUUUUUAGUAGGCAUGCAUUUAACAAAGACUUUCCAUCAUAUGAUUACAAGGAACUUUCAAGGGAAAUCGUAUCUGCCACUGGGAGACUUCCGUUGGCAAUUGAAGUAAUUGGUUCAUUCCUCUUUGACAGAAGUCAACAAAUAUGGAAAGAAACGUUGGAUAAGUUAAGCAAAGCACCUCACGAAGAUGUUUUUGGAAAGUUGAAGAUUAGUUAUGAUGCCUUAACUUUCGAGCAAAAACAAAUUUUCCUUGAUAUUGCAUGCUUUUUCAUUGGUGAGCCUAUGAUGUGUGCAAUUUACAUGUGGAAAGAUUGUGAUUUUUUCCCGGAUACAGGACUUGAUGUCCUCGUUAGCAUGUCAUUGGUAAAGAUUGUGAAAAAUGCAUUUUGGAUGCACGAUCAACUUAGAGAUCUUGGAAGGGAAAUAGUUCGUCAAGAAAAUCCAAUAAAUCCUGGAGAGCGGAGUAGGAUAUGGAUUGACAAGGAGGUCCUCGAUGCAAUAAGAACAAAGGAGAUGAAGAAGAACGUUCAAGCAUUGGAUCUUUAUCUAGGCGAUAAACCUAUGGUCGCUAUUAAAAGUGAAGAGAUUGGAAGAUUUGAACGUCUGAGGUACCUCAAAUUAAAUUCGGGAACCUUCAGCGGUAACUUAGCAAAUAGUCUUACCAAUCUAAGCUGGAUGGUUUGGAAAAAUCCUCCUCACUUGUUUUUUAAGCCAGCCAAUAUUUGCUUAAAGAAUGUGGUCAUUCUUGAAUAUUCAAAUGGUGCCUGCAUAGGUAAUUCGAAGCUACAGAGCUUAGUCAAGAUGGCAGGAAAAUUGAAAGUUCUUUCUCUUAAAGGGUGUCGCAACAUAAACAGAAUGCCGGACUUCUCCGGAUGCCCAAAUUUAGAGAGGCUUAUAAUCGAAUCAUGUAAUAAUUUGAGGAAAAUUGGUGGCUCUAUUGGAAAGUUGGAGUCUCUGAUUGAUCUGAUGAUUAGGUCUUGCCGUUCUCUUGAAGAUUUGCCUAAAGAGAUCGAGAACCUUGUGAAUUUGAAACACUUCUCUAUUGAAAAAUGUCCACUACUGACUCAACUCCCAGAUUCCGUAUGGAAGUUGAAAUCAUUACGGGAGUUGCACUUUGACAUUGGACUAAAUUCAUGGGCGUUACCUAGUCAUAUAAUGCCUCCGAAUCUAGAAGUGCUUCGAAUUAGUAGUUGGGGUUUAAAAGGUCGACUUCCUUCGGCAAUAGGAAGUUUGCCUAAUUUAAGAAUCCUAUGCUUGACGGGCACUUGCAUCAGUGAAGUUCCGGAGACAAUAAAUCUGCUUCCUUGCCUACAAACUCUUGAGUUGAUGGGAUGUGAUGAGAUUCAAGAACUACCGACGCUUCCUACAAGUUUGAAGAAUCUAAAAGUGUCAUCCAAUUCGUUAUGGGUGGUCCCAGACCUUUCAAAUUUGACUAAUUUGGUUGAGUUGUACUUAUCUGAUGACUCUGGUAAGAGACAAGGAGGUAAAAUUUAUACCAGUGACUUAGGGUGGAUUAGGAAGUUAUCCAAACUGAAUCAGUUGACCUUGAGACUUCUCAAUGUCCCUGCUCCUUCUGAGUUGACUUCCCUUUCUCAAUUAUUGGAAUUGGAUUUGUCUAAUAUGGACUUUCGACCACUCACACGACUUCCACCGUCUCUGCUAAAUUUAGGCCUUCGUGACUUAAAUUCAACCAUAUCACUCUCAUCCAAAUUAGAAAAUUUGUCAAGAUUAAAUCUCUUUCAGUGUCGAGUGCAAGAAAUUCAACUCAACGGGCUUAUACUUCAAAAUUUAUCAAGGUUGUGUCUGUUCCGUGGUGAAUCCCUCGAGAGAUUCGGGCUAUCAAACAUGAGGAAACUCAAAAGUGUAAGUAUACAGUCUUUCCCAAAGCUAGUUGAGAUCCAAUUUGCUGGGCUGUUUGAAUCAUUGGAAGAAAUUUUCAUCGUUUCGUGCGAGUCCUUGGGAAGGCUAGCGUACGCGGGUGAAGUAGAGUCUGCUAAUGAGUUGAUUAUUGAGGAAGGGACCCUAAUUCUUCUGUCAAGAGUAAUAUAUAAGUUGAGACUUUUCUUGCUUGUGGGGUGCCCAAAGAUACUCCAAGUACAAGUACUUGGUGUAUCGGAAUUGUGGCAUUCAUUUGACGUCAUUGAUUGUGAUUAUUUGCAAAGUGUUCGUGGUUUAUCACACUUAAAGAAGCUCAAGAGUCUAGAAAUCAAGCACUGCAAUGAGCUACAGGUUGUUGAGGGCCUUGACGAGUUGGAGUUUUUGCGGCGGUUAGAAAUUCAUCACUGCCCACAAUUGAAAGGGUCGAUUAAUGUGUCAAACACCAAAUUGCCAGAUGAUUGCCGCAUAUACAUCAGACACUACCAGAAAGGUUGCGGGGCUAAUGAAAAUUUCGUUGGGUCUGUCCACUCUUACAAGAAUUAUAAGGUGGGUUUGAACCUUCUCCUUUCUCUGUUUCUUCUUUUCUCCUCCCCUUAUUUCUCGAUGGAUGGCAACGCCGGCCUGAUUCUCCUCCUGUUUGCUUACUCCCAUCUCUAUGUCGCUUAAUACGUAGUAAACAUUUGGUGUGUCGAUUCUACGAAUAUGCUAUAUAUAUACUGAAAAGAUUUGAAAGGCCAUCAACAAAAAUGAACUCAAUUUCUGAAUAGAUCAUAUACCGAAAAUUGCGAAAAGUGAAAAGCAAACAUGCGUUGGUCUCUAUUGUUGGUGAGAAAGAGACUUGAU